AUGCCUUAUCCAGAAAAGUUUCAAGGUAUCGGUAUUUCCAACGCAAGGGAUUGGAAGCAUCCUACAUUGGUGAGUUUCGAACCAAAACUCUUCGGUGAUCAUGACGUUGAUAUUGAAAUCGAGGUCUGUGGUAUCUGCGGAUCUGAUUUUCAUAUAGCAGCUGGUAACUGGGGCCCAGUCCCAGAAAACCAGGUCCUUGGACAUGAAAUAAUUGGCCGCGUGGUAAAAGUAGGACCCAAGUGCCACACUGGGAUAAAAAUCGGGGACCGUGUUGGUGUUGGUGCGCAAGCUUUGGCAUGUCUUCAAUGUGAACGUUGCAAAAGUGAUAAUGAGCAAUACUGCACUAAUGACCACGUUUUGACUAUGUGGACUCCAUACAAGGACGGCUACAUUGCACAAGGGGGAUUUGCUUCUCACGUAAGGCUACACGAACAUUUUGCUAUUCAGAUACCGGAAAAUAUUCCAAGUCCGCUAGCGGCUCCGUUAUUAUGUGGUGGUAUUACAGUGUUUUCUCCGCUGUUAAGAAACGGCUGUGGUCCAGGUAAGAAGGUGGGUAUUGUUGGCAUUGGUGGUAUUGGACAUAUGGGCAUUCUGUUAGCUAAGGCUAUGGGCGCCGAAGUUUAUGCAUUCUCACGUGGCCACUCCAAGAGGAAAGACUGUACGAAGCUUGGAGCUAAUCGUUAUAUUGCUACGUUGGAGGAUAAAAGUUGGACAGAACAAUACUCUAACACUUUGGAUCUUCUUGUCAUUUGCUCAUCAUCUCUGUCAGAGGUUAAUUUUGACAAUUUCGUUAAGGUCAUGAAGAUUGGAAGUUCCAUUGUUUCAAUCGCUGCUCCAGAAGCCAAUGAGAAGCUUGUCUUGCAACCAUUGGGCCUGAUGGGAAUCUCAAUUUCAAGCAGUGCUAUUGGAUCUAGAAAAGAAAUCGAACAACUAUUGAAACUGGUUUCCGAAAAAAACGUCAAGAUAUGGGUGGAAGAACUUCCAAUUAGUGAAGAAGGUGUCCAUCAAGCUUUUACAAGAAUGGAAAGAGGAGAUGUCAAGUACAGAAUUGCUUUAGUCGAUUACGAUAAGGAGUUCCAUAAAUAA